CAUUCUCGUCCGACGCAAAACCAUGGUACUAGACGACUAACGAGGCUCAUAUUCAACCUGGGACCUAAUACACACCAAACAACGUAUUCGACCCAGCAAAAAUAUAGUCCGAUGUAGUUGGGACAAAAGACGGUAAAUUCCGGGAAUGCGGCACGGGUUUUAGAGAACAAGAACAAGGCGAAAGAGAUGAGACAAUUCAGUCCUCAUUCAUCUCACCACGCGUCGAGUUCUACAAUAUUUCUAAGGAUUCACCCAUAGACUAUGUCGAGUCCGAGCUCUUCCACUAAUCCUGAAUCAAACGCCUCAUCAAGUGUCGUGGGUCCCCGAAGGCGGCCUGCAGAAGAUUCCAUCGACAAGGAGAAACCAACCAAACGUCCUCAUUUGACCAAUACAGACUCCUCAGCCAACGUUAAACCUGAUGGACGUCCAGAUGGAAACUCAUCGCUCUCCUCCGAGAUAGUGAAGCCUCUCAAGCGACCUGCCGACGAUUCUCAGCCCGAGCAAGCGAACCCCGGAGUCAACAGUAGUAGAGCAAUUAAAAGGAUUCGCCUUGAAGGCGAAGUUGAUCCGGCAGUGGAACAGCAGAAACACUCAGGUAGUACAAGUAGCGUCACUGCUCGUCGAAAACGUCCCCUAGCUGAGGAUGGGUGUGAUAAGCUAUCGCCUGACCCAGGCGAUAACCGUCCCCCGGCCAAGCGUGUUCGCGUGAAAGGAGUAAAUCAAUCGAAUAAAACGAAGAAACAAUGUGAUGAUGCCCUGUUACUGCCAAUCGAGUUACACCACGAAAUCCUGGAAUGGCUAUGGGUUGAGGGCAGCUUUGAAGAUAAUAGAUAUUAUCUCGUGAAGACACUCCGUGCGUGUGCACGGACUUGUUCACGAUGGCGUUCUGCUGCGCGGCCACACAUCUUUCGUUUCCUCAAAAUCAAAAGUCCGAGUCGCUUCAACGACCUCGUAGCUCUCAUUGAGGUAGAUCCUCAGGUUGCAGGAUGGAUACAAAAGGUCGGUCUGGACGGUAUAUCAAUUCCGUAUCGAGAUGAUGUGCUGCGACCGCGCCUUGGAAGCGUUGACGAAGACAGGGACCGCUGGAUGUACGGGUUCCCAUCGAGUCUCGGGGUCCCACUACCAAGUCUCAAAUGCCUUGAGCUCACCGGUUUUGCGCAUCUGAGCAAGAAGCGCGAAGAUCAAGAAGCGUUCGCUGGUUGGAUCAGACAAUUGGCAGAAUUGCGCUCGGUGGUGGAACUGAAUAUGGUUCGCUGCGAGAUGAGCUCGAAUAGCCUGACUGCCAUGGUUCGCGCAUUUCCCAAGUUGGUUAGGGUUGGCUUUGCCUCAGUCGACUUCACCGCGCCGAAUAUCGUAUCGCUUCGGGACGAGACACCCAGUCCUAAGCCUGCAAGCAAACAAGAAAGUAGCGAGGCAGCAAACUCUGAAGUCGCUUGUGUCGAUAAAGUGUCUGUCCCACCGAUGCCUGAUGAUACGAAAGGGAUACCGCCCUCUUCUCACGACGUUCCAACGCUGUCGGUAGAGUACCCGCUGUUUCAUCCUCCACCCGUACUACAAUCAUUCAUGAUCAACAAUAUGUCCACCGACUUCCUUGAGUUUGACUUCCUUCUCGUUCGCGACUGGCUCAGACCCGAAAUCCUAAAUAGAAGCCUCAAGUCAUUGGAUAUCGAUAGCUUUGUUGAUGGUCCGACUUUAGCCAAAUUCAUCGCUUCCCUUGGUAUGUCUCCGGCAUUGGAGUGUCUUAUUUUUUAUGUCGGCAACGGCCGUCAGGGUCUUAUCGACUCCGCGGUGAAUAUCCACAAUUUAUCCAAUCUCACCUCCAUCCGCUUCGUAACUCAUGAAGUAUCUGAACGCGAAGAUGUCGAGGCAAUCCAUUACAUUCUUUCUCAGCUCAACGCCCCCCGCCUACAAUCCAUCUCUAUUUCCAUUCCAUACCCUGAUGGGUUCGAGAUGUUCGAGGGGACCGACGAGUACUUAGCCAAGGAGUUUGGUGGCAUAAAGGAGCUUUGCGUUGAGACCUUCACUGAUACUCCAGCAAAAACGCAGAAGGCUCGGGAGGGAAUAACAGCUAUGUUUCCGUUGCUGGCUGAACGAGGCAUUCUACGAGUCGAGAAUUGGGGUUUACCCUAUCUUUGUUAAGCCGUCCCCUGCAAACAAUUCACUGAUGUAUGCGGUGAUAUCCUGUAUUAGCCAUACAUUUAACCGUUUCUGUCGUGCUGGGAACGUCCAUUCUGAGGGAUUGCAUACAAUCGUUGAUCCAACUCUUGCGCAGUCGGAGACCAUUUACAAAUCUUAGCAAGAGCCCUCGAUGAAGCUCUGAGGGAGUCAGUCAAGGCCUUUUCGUGUUUCACUGGUGAUCGGACUGUCUGAUUUCAGGCUGGAGCCGUCUUGGGUUAUUCAUGAUGUAGAGUAUCUUAUGCUUAUAGAACCAACGAAAGAACAUCCUCGUUUGUCUUC